CCGAGGCGCCGCGCCACGCACCGGCCGCCGCAGCCAUGAAGCCGCCCGACACGAGGGUUCUCCUUUCCCCUCCUGAAGAGGCGGCAGAUCCACCGUUGCCAAAUGAGGCUGUAGGCACCCCAUUGCCAAAUCUGACACCAAGACAUCAAGAGCUCAUCCCAACCCCCUGCGGUCCAAUCAAACCGUGGUCAGAACUGUCCUCGCCGGUCAAGAUCUACUUCUGCGUCACCAUCCUCUCACUCCUGAGCGUCACUGGAUUGACCAUAGAGAACCUUGUGCUGCAGAAGGACGAAAACUUCGCCGUCUCGCUCAUUCAGUUAAUUGGAGUCGUCUUCUGCAUCUACUACGUCAGCCGGGGAAUCCUUCAAGAGAACCGGCAGGAGCUCAUUGCCUUCGUCCUCUCCGUCUCGCUGGUCAUGCUGCGCUCGGUCGUCAACUUCACGGUGCUGUCCGCCAAGCAGAAGCCCAAGUUGCUUGCACGCUUCGUCCUGAUCCUCUUGGUUGGGGCCUUCGACGUGAUCUGUGCCAUUGUCCUCAUCCAGAGCGAAAGCAUGAUGGCCUUCCGGGUUGGGGGCGCCCUGGAGAGCGUGCAGGCCCAAUACGUCAUGCUGAACCUCUGCUUCUCCAUGCUGACCUUUGACCUCCAGGCGCAGCUCUGCUUAUGUGCUCUGCUGCUAUCAAGCCUCCAGCAGAUCUGCGUUCUGCACAGUGUCUUCUUGGCCGUCGGCAUCCUCUGGGCCAUCCUGAAGGUCACGUGUGGCAUCGUCGCGAUUUUAAAGGAGUUGAAACCUCUCACCUGGAUUUUUAUGACUCAGAAUUUACCUGAAGUGGCUUAUCUCAUCUACCUGCUUUAUUCAGUCAUAAAGGAUUGGGGCCAAGGGAAUUCUUACGCACUGGAAGCUGCUGUCAUCACCUGUUCGUGCAUCUCCGUGAUGAUCAAAAGCGUGCUGUUCUGGGCUUUGUUUCACGUCUACCGCAGCUUUGGGCAAGGGCUGAGAGAAAGGAUGUUUUCUUCCUAUGGAAGGAUCGAUUCAUGAAGUGGAUUCCCCUCGCCAGGUCUGAAGCGGUGCUCUUAUAGAGUGGAAAUAUGCUUGGGAGAUUGCUCCCUGUCCCUUGACUUGGGAAAGUGAGACUGAAGGGGAGAUACCGGCCAGAGGGGCUCGACUGUGAUGCUCAUGCAGGAGAUGCUUGUCCAGCCCUCCGUGUUUGAGGCUUGUAGUUGGGGCUCUGUCUGGGUAAGAACGCUCAGCCAAGCAGUGCAUUCUUGUAACCUCAUUAACUAGCCAGACAGUUCCUGUUAGCUUUUUUUUUUAAGGAUUGCUAACACUUCUUCUAUCGUCUUGUCUUCAAAACAGCUGCUUGUGAUGCCUUCUUGGCAUGGGGUGCCGCUCAUAACAGAUUUUCUGCUCUCUCUCUUGUUUUACCUUAAUCCUGCACGUGAAUUAAUCCCGCAUGGGCAUUUUGAGCCUGCUAGCCUGAGACAACAGUGGUCCCCGUUGACUUGAAAUUCAGCUGCUUGGCUUGGGAGUGGGAACCUUCUUUUGUGAUCUUGCAUGGUCAAAAGCGCCAUCCUUGACCAGCCAGGAGACACUGCUUUCUUCCUCCUCGCCUCGCUCUUGGUCAGGGAAAAAGGGUAUCUGUUUUAAGAUGCCAGUCCCUUUAUAGCGUCAUGUGUUCAGAUUCGGGACUCCUAAACAGAACCGUGAAACUCCGUGAACUUUUGUGGCUGCAAGCCCAAUUUGCCUGGCAUUCAUCUCUGCCCAGUUGUUGUUUGAAGCACUGAUCAAACUGCGGAAGGAACAGGGACCUCUUUGUCCUACACUGAACCCUGGCUAUUUUCCAUAUUCCUAAUUCCUGGCAUCCCUAAAGGCCUGCCUAAGUUCCAACAGGGCACUGAAUAAUACAUACCUUCACAUUUGUAGGGUAUCCCUUUUCACUCACCUCGCACUUUUGCUUCUGAUCCUGCCUUUUUGGUGGAAAGGGCCAAAGAGACAAUGGCCAGCAGCAGCGCCGGCUCUUUCAAGUUUUACCUCAUAAUUCUCACACCCCAACUUCCAGGAGAAUGGAGAGAGGAGGGACAUGUAAGACAGUGGUUGGCUUCUUAGAAAUAAACAGUGGGGACAAGGAAAAAUGCUUUCCCUGCAAAAUAGAGGUCCCCCACCUCCUGAUCCAAGACCUGUCAAGAUCUUCACUGGGGCAGGCAGAAAGUAGAUCUCCAUGUAUUUCAGACUUCAGCUCCCCUGACCAUUGUCCAUGUGGAUAGGGCUCUUCCUGAAGUCUCAAGAAUCUGGAGAACUAUCUUCUGCCUACAAUGAUGGCUAAAGGAUGGGCUGAAUGAAUUCAGGGGGCACUAGAUGCAAGGCAGUCGAGGGAGAAUCCAUUUCACAAAAUGUGUGGGGUUGCACGAAGAGCGAAUGCUGGUGCCAGUCUUGCUGGGGGCUGCUGGCCUGGUAGCCCCCCUUGGUCGUUGUUCAGUCGCAAAGUCGUGCCCGACUCUUCGCAACCCCAUGGACAACAUUCCUCCAGGUUCUCCUGUCCUCCACCAUCCCCUAAAGUACACCCAACCCCACACCCACCUCUCCAGUGGCCCCCUACCCUGAUGUAAAUCCUAGCUUUUCUCCAGGCCAGUAUGCCUUUGGACGUCUGGUCUCGUCUCUCCCCACCAAGGCUGCUUAACCACAGAGGACUGUUUACCAUCAUUCCAUAGCACAGAACCUUGUUUGCUUUUGAUUGGCAGAGCAAGACUGCAGAAGGCCACCCUGAUAUGCUCCACAGAGCUAAGGGCUGUACCUUUGCCCCCGAGUUUGGAAACACGGAUCUGGGCAUUGCUCCCCUCUGAACUUCAGCUCACUGUCAGUCAUGUGGUCAAUGUCUCAGCUGAAGCUACAAGUCGCUUGUGUUUGAAUGAGCAUGGCUGCCUUCUUGCUAAGUCCAAAUAAUUUCUUACGUUAGAAAAACCACAGCCUCCAAAGUUUUGUUUUUUUAAAAAAUUUUGGUCCUAUUCUUUCAAAAUAACCAAGUCCCUGCUAUGUGAAUGUCUUAACUAAAACACUUUCACAGCUGAGUGCGUUUUUUUUUAAGGAAACAUUUAAUACUGUAAUCUGUUCAUUUCUUAAGAAGAGGUUUGUUACCGGCCUUGUAUUUUUCAAUAAAGUGCCAAUGCCACCA